GUCGUCGCCGGCUUCUCUCAGUGACUGGUAUACCCUACGUGCGAGCGAGCGUUUUUCCGUCGUGAGCUCGUCCGUCUCGUCGGGAGAGCAGCGAGAGAAAAAGGAGAACGGGAAAAGAAGAAAGAGAGAGAGAGAGAGAGAAAGAGACAGUGUAGGUGUUGUGUGUUGUAACGUAUGUGCGUCCCUUCCUCGUAAGACCGUACACUCGCUCGUCAAGUGCGUUUAUUCGAAUCGUCGCGGCGGUUCGUCGUGAAACGCGACGCGCGCGCGCGCGUGCCCCCAGCAUCGGAAAUUGCGUCGCACGCCGGUGACGCUUACCGGCGCCGGUGACCCUGACAUUCGAGAAGCCGGCAGCUGAGACACAUUCGUCGUCUCGUGCGCGCAGAAGCAACAUCGCGCUGUGUAAUGCCAAAUUGACGGUGAACGAACGAACGAACGCAUUCGCGAGAGGAAGAGAGAGAGAGGAAAGAGAGAGAAGAAGCGCAGAAAAGGACAGUGAUUCAUAACAUCGCCGAGUUAUCGCGACGAGACUCCGCGUUUCCGGAUUUUUCGCGAUUUUUCGCGACUUUUCGCGGCGCGACGUGUCCCUAACACGUAGUGACCUUGACUUGGAUGCGCCAGCGCGUCCACGGAGACUAGAGCAACGUCACGCCAUAUUCCGAGCAGGGUGUUUUCGAGGGGUGUGUUCGACCGACCGAUCUCGUGGUGACGCGCAACAACGAAUGACCUUGAUUCCGAGAAUAGGAGGCGCCUUGAUUUCGUCGAGUCGAGCGAAUCGGUCGGAUCGAUUUCCGCCCUUCCCCCGGUUUCUCUCUGUCGGUCGGGUCUCCGGUCGCGUGAGAUGUAACCGAAAAUGAAGAGAUAGACGGGGAGAGUCGAUCAUCUCUCGCAACCAAGCGCGUCCGUCCAUCGGUAACCGCCGACAUCCUUCGUUCUUGGGACCCGCAUCGCCGAGGCAUCCGACAGACACGGCGUUCGAGAGACGCAGGGAGGAAAGGACACUCGAGCUCGGGCGACUCCUCGCAUCCAUGGCACCGCGGCGUCACGCCAACGGCGCCCACGGCGGCGGUGGCCUCCUGGAGAACGGGGGCGGCGCCGGUGGCGGAGGCAUCAACGAUCCCAUGGACAAUCUGCUGGGCAACCCGACCCAGACGACGCGGUGCUGCACCCCGACCGGCGAGUGCCUGCGCGGCGAUACUCUCAUUCGCCUCAACGCCCUUCACGACACGGUCAAGGUAACCUGCAACAACGACAACUGCCCGGUCGGCCAGUUUAUGCACCGCGAGUGCUUCGACGCCUGGGAGCAGACGGUACUGACGUACCUCAAGAGCUGCGGCCGCGCGCGCAGCUGGUCCGAGCGUCAACGUCACCAGAACCUCUGGACCAAGAAGGGCUACGAUCUCGCGUUCAAGGCCUGCGGCUGCCGCUGCGGCCGCGGCCACCUGAAGAAGGACCUCGACUGGCUGCCACCCGGCUUCGGCAACGUGGCCGGCCACCGCGCCGAGGAGAACGAGGCCAAGAAGAAGAAGCGACGCAACCGGCAGAACACCCGCCCGAGCCUGGCCGUGUCGGCCGGGCCGCCCAAUCACGGCAAUCACGUCGUCGCCGCCAACGGGCGCGGCACCAGCGAGGCUCAGAUGAUCGAGUCGGGCCGCGGCAGGGCCGGUUCCCUGUCGUCCAGCACCGGUUCCAGCUCGCCGCCGGCCACCAGCGAGCCGAGCGUCAGCCCGCUCCACCAACCGCAGGCCAUCAUGAAGAAGAAGAGCAAGGUCGACUUUUUCAGCGAUCGCGCGAGACAAAGCUGUGGCGCCAACGGCAUCUUCUCCCGUCGUCUAGAUUUCAGCGCUUUCAACAGUUUGCCCCGCACCAAACUCAACUCCUACCACAUCAAGAUGGAAGAUGAGGGCAAUCAUGGCAACGACGACACCAGAUGCUUCAUCUUAUCAACAUUGGCUGCAUUGCAGUGGUCAAGAGUCACAUGCGUUCUUUGUCGCGCUGCUAUGCUGGUCUUUGAUAGGUAUCCGUUGGUGGACGGAACGUUCUUCUUGUCACCCAGACAACAUUCGCCCGCUUGUGCUGAGGUGAAGGUCGAAGGUCGCACACAAUUUUUGUCAGCCGUGUGCAUGAGUUGUCUGGAGGGCAGCGGCGGGCAGCCUGUACGUUGUCGUUUCUGUACCCAACCGUGGGAUGGCUCGAGCCUGGUCCUCGGUACCAUGUACAGUUACGAUAUCUUCGCUGCCAUGCCCUGUUGCAGCGAGCGACUCAAGUGCAACAGCUGCCAGAAACCCCUGAUCUACCCUCAUCAGCGACUGAACUUCUACUCGGACUACAGCCGCGUCUUCGCCUGCCCACAUUGCAGGGCGGUCGACGCACACUUCGUAAAGCCGCUCUCGGCCUGCUUCACCCGCGAGCAAUUUCAGCUCUACAGCCAGUGGCCGUAACCAUUAGAGAACUUAGCGAACCGCCGCCGUUUGCGCACCGCGGCCGAUCUGCGUCCCCUCUUCUACAGAUCGAUCUCUCUGUUCCGGACGACCGUGCUCUAGAAUCCUCCCUUCGAUUCCGUAGGAGACUUUUGACAGUGGAGAACGCACUCGGGGGCCGCGAUCUUUCCUUAGAGCGUUUCGUCGACCGGAUCCACCGAUAUAUUAUUAUUAAUUUUAUGUAUUAUUAUUAAUUUGUUAGAGAGACUCUUUCGUUUCGGUCGAUAUAGCUGGCUACUUUUUUCUCUUGUAAUCUCGUAGGAAUUUUUCUUUUUAAUACCAUCAGAAUUGGUCGACGAGCCAAUGGCUGUUGUCAAGGACAGGCUUCUAGUGUUUUUAAUUUGUAUCUUGCGGUAGCAAACGAAGAUGAUGGUACGUGCGAGCCCCUUGGCGCGUUCCCGUAUCGCUAAUGAAGUUUAAGAUGUUUCUUUUUAAUAUCGAUUAUGUAGGUUUGUCUAGAUUGAUACUUUUUUUUUUAAACGGGGGACGUCGAAUUUCCUGGCACUCGCCGACAUUUCGAUGAUUCGCGGCGAGCUUGCAAAACUAGUGCAUUUUUCUGUAUGUUACUUUUUAAGUUUUUAAGCAUUUAUCGUGAGACUUGAAAAUGUGAGUGGCAAUUUAUAAUUUUUUUUUUAAUAUACACGACGAUUGUCAUUGUGAGCAUAUUUCUUUGAUAUAGAUUUUUAAUUAGCAAAAUUUUUUGUUGACAAGAUCUGUGUGAUAUCGGAAGAGUUACACAUAAUUUGACUAGCAAAGCAAAUUCUUAGUCCAUGUCUUAUGAUUUCGAAAAUUUCCUACGACAGCUUCGCCGUCUCCCGUUUUAUAGUUGAAUUGCUUUAAAGAAAAUUAAAUGCAAAAAAUAAAUUUAGGCGAAGAUUAACAAUAUUAGAUGCGAAAAAUAGGUCGAUUCUCUUUAUUAUAAAACGUCGUGUAUAGAGAUAAAAAAGGCUAUUCUUUCUAGGAAAGAUUGAAAGGGGAAGAAAAAAAAGAAAUAACUAUCGUUUGUUACUUAGAUAAAUCGAGAACGUUGUUUUUUUUUACAUUUUAUUAGUUUAUACAUUUAUGGCGGCCAUGUUGAUUUGGUUUAAGAAUCUGUGACUCAUUCGAUGGGUUUCAACGUUGAUUCGGUCGGGCGUGCGUCGCGACUUUCCGCGAUUCGAGACCGGGAACGUUACCAAAAGACGGAUGAAAUUCAUCGAUUUGUCGCGCGCCAGUCGUAAAAUAGAGUAAAUCAUCAGAAGAGGAAACCAAUCGUUCGAGACGGACUUCCGCUCUCUCGCUGUGUACACACGGUUUUCCCGUCUAGACGAAAGCGAACGUUCCUGGGUUCCGUCGUCGAUCACUCGAUCGAGUAUCGAACGAUUCUCUCGGCAAGUCGUGAUCGCUCGGAGUAGCCCCAGUGUAUAUAACAUAUUAAGUGGGAGAGAAGCAAGUGUUUGAAGAGGAAGAGAACCUUCUUUUUUUCCCGGCGAUGCUGGUCGUUGCUGUCCAACAAUAGCGGCCGUCCCACAAACAGACCGCCCACCGUUCUCAAGGUAGUAUAGUCGAUCGUGUACCUUUUUUACGUUACUACGAUUUAAAAAAAUAUACUUAAUCCAUACGGCCCGGGAGAGAGAAGUAUAUUUAGGAGAUAAUGUAAUGCCCCGUGUGCGAAGCGUAAAGCGAAUAAUGAAGAUGAUGAAGAUCGCGAAGCUGCGCGACUACUUUGACUCGCCUUUAUAAUCUGUGGGUUUUCAUUAUAUGCAUUUAAGAAAAAAAAAUUAUUUUAUAAGUGUAAUAAUUUUCUACAUAUACAUGUGUAAUUUAUUUGUAAGAUUAAUGUAUUUUUUUAAUGCGAGCAAUACAUAAUUCUUUUUUUUUUAUUAAUUUAACACUAUAUGAAUUAUGGAGAAGAAUGUACGUUCGAAUUUUAUUUUAUCGCAUCGCGCUAUCAGUGUCGGAUGCGCACAAAAGUAUUUUGUUAAAUUUUCAAAAGAAGUUAUUAGA